AUGAGCAACAUACGAACUAUCGUUCUGAAUGAUGGAGUAGAAAUCCCAGUACUAGCCUUUGGAACAGGUACAGCACAAGCUUGGACAGAUACUUCAUCCGUUGUUAGUCUAGCCCUCGAGAAGGGUUAUAGGCAUUUCGACUGUGCAUGGCAUUACAAGAAUGGAGUAUAUACUGGGGAAGCACUCAAGAAUAGUGGGAUACCAAGAGAAGAGAUCUUCAUCACUUGUAAGAUCGGUAGUUUCGAUGAUGAUCCAUCUGAAUUCGAUACUAGGAAGUAUGUAGAUGCGGUUCUGAAAGAUCUUCAAGUGGACUAUGUGGAUCUGCUAGUCAUUCAUGCGGAUAUUUUAAUGGGCUCGAUAACACAGGCUUGGAAAGCGAUGGAAGAAAUCAAGAAAGAAGGAUUAGCACAUUCAAUAGGUGUAUCCAAUUUCUUGACCAAAUCGCUCGAACAGAUAUUGAGUAUUUGCGAGAUCAAACCGUCCAUUAACCAAAUUGAAUUUCACCCAUACUCCCUUUCCACCUAUCUACCUACCUUACUUCCCCUAUGUAACGAAUAUGAUAUCAAGAUCGCCGCGUAUGGUAGUCUCACGUCGUUAGUCAGACAUCGCGGGGGUCCAGUUGACGAGGUGGUUGAACGUAUAUGUCAUGAGAGGGGGAUGAAGGAGACUGGGGGACAAGUACUACUACGAUGGGCUCAGCAGAUCACAGAUGGGAUAGUCAUCACUACGACGAUCAGACUUGAUAGAAUGGAGGAGCAAAUCCUACCGUUCCAAGAUGAUAAAUCGGAUGAUCAAUUAUCCCAAAAACAUCUCGAUGAGAUCAGUGCCGCAGGAGCCGAGCGACCUUUCAGAUUCUGGGGAACCAAUUGGCCGUAUUUCAUGAAAGGUGAAGGAGGUAUAAAGGCUUGUCCUGAAGAUGCUACGCAUAGAAAUAAACCGGGUUUAAACGGUGGGCGGGGAUGGUAA